AUGGCUGCUGAUAAAGUUAUUACUGUUGUAGCAGGAAUACCUAACGAUAUGGCAUUUGGUCAUGUUUGUUAUGUCGCUAGUAAUUUAUCUGACAUGCUACCAAAUUUUUAUUUUGAAAGGAUUUUCAAAAAAGAAGAUGAGUGGAAGCCUUGGUUAGAAGAAAUAUGCAACGCUAACAAUUGGUCUCAUAUGACAUCUCCAUUAAUUUGGCGUGAAAAUGGAAUUUGUGGAGGUAAUCGUUCGUAUGUCGGAGGAGUAACACAAUUUUGGGAAUUGAUACAUGAAUACUAUGGUAUUGUCUCUCGACUUACAAGAUCACAACUUGAAAAGUUAAAAUUAGAUACAACAUUGUCACAGAAUAUUCAGAAGCAGUAUCGUCGUGUAACCAUAAUUGGAGCAGGAAAAUCUUUCUGUCAAGAUCUAGUAGCACAAUUGGUAACGAUGAAGGAAUUGCAGUUGCAACUUGGGGUCACUGUCAAUCUCAUUGAUACUGCUACUAAUUUUUCCAAGCUAAGGGAAAUUGUUAAAGAUGCAUCGUUGAUCGGAGGUGGUUUGAAUGCUGCCAUCGUGCUGCACUCGAUACCUGAUGGUUUAUCAGAUUGUGACAUUCUACUUAUACUAGACUAUGUACCAAGGCAAGGUCAAGGAAAAACAGAGAAAUGGCUACGGCGUAACUACGAAAGCACGCAUGAAUUAGCUGAACAAAUAAACAGAUAUGCUCCAUCUCACAUGAAAGUAAUAUUUUGCUCUACAGGGCCAACGUGCUUUUGUGCUGGUGUUCUAACAAAAUUUGCUACAAAACUGAGGAAAGAAAAUAUUGUUGCAGUCAGUGCUCACUAUGCUUUAGAAGUAGUUUACAAUUUUCUUAAAUCAAUGAAUAUCCCAUUGAACGAAGUUGGUUGUCCUCCUGUGUGGGGAUUCUUAGGAGUGAAUGAUUUCAUCGACAUGUGUCACAUGCUUCAAAAACAUAGAGUAGUUAAACUGGAUACAAAGGCAUCGAUACCAAGUGAAAAAUCAACAUUGCCCAUAGGCACAAACUGUACAGAGUUCCGUUGGUUUUUUUAUGCAGUGCAUAACAAAAGCCCUUACGAGAUGCAACCCAUAUAUGAGAAUAACUUUGCUAUCAGAACUAGCCAAGGAAAUAAUAAUCAUAUGUGUAAAGCUAUUUGUGACAUUAUCAAAAUAUGGUACAGUGAAAAUGACAACAGCGAUGAUCAGAUCGUAUCUUUAGGAAUUUUUUCCGAUGGUACCUUUGGGAUUCCAGAAGGACUUUUCUUCUCUCAACCUGUUUACUUACAAAAAACAAAAGAGAGGUUUCGUAAAUGGACUCCAUGCUCCGAAUUUCCUACUCCAAAUAUUCCGUCAUGGAUAUUUCGAAGCUUAAUAAGUACUGCCGAUGAAAUUGUUCGCAAAUUCAUACAAUUGAAUUAAAAUCAUGUUAAAAGCUUACAUUGCGCAUGUGCAGAAACGAUUUCAAUCUACUUCCGCUUGUUAGGUGGCAGCACUGUAUUACUGUUUACCACUAACCUUUAAAGUUACCGAGUACACGUGUGAAUCUUGAUAUUGUUACAUUACCUGCUAGAUUGUUUUAUUUAUCAUAUUAUUAUUUGCAUAACU